AUGGCUAGUGAGUUCUGUCUACCAACAUUUGGUUACCAGGCUAGACUGAAGCACUGCGCCACCAUGCUCCCUGAGGAGCCCAACUCUAGAGUGAAGACAUUUUUCUCCAGAAAUGGCAUGGUCAUCCUUGGGUUCAUUUUCAUCCUGUCUCUCAUAGCUUUGAUUGUUGUGGGAACCAUCCAGAAUAAAAGUGCAUCAGAAAAUUUUAAGUAUGGAAUUGUAUUUGACGCUGGCUCUAGUCACACUACCAUGUACAUCUAUAAGUGGUCGGCAGAAAAAAUGAAUGACACAGGGUUGGUAUAUGAGAUAGAAGCCUGCAAGGUGAAAGGUCCUGGAAUCUCAGCAUAUGCUUUACGGCUACACGAUAUACCUGUUUACCUGACUCAGUGCAUGGGUAAAGCCAAGGAUAUAAUUCCAAAGUACAAGCACCAAGAGACCCCUGUUUACUUAGGAGCUACAGCAGGCAUGCGGUUGCUCAGGAUGGAAAAUCAGGAGUUGUCAGACAUGAUCCUAUCUUCAGUGACAAGUGUCUUCGACUCCUACCCCUUCAAUUUCCAGGGUGCCAACAUUAUUGAAGGCUCAGAGGAAGGUGCUUAUGGCUGGAUUACCAUCAACUACUUAAUGGGAAAAAUAAAGGAGAAAAAUAUUUAUAAAUUCAUACCUUGGAGGAAAACGGAGAGUCCGGCAACCUAUGGAGCCUUGGACCUUGGGGGGGCCUCCACACAAAUCGCUUAUGUGCCCGAAACCACCAAUAGUGUUUCUUCAGACAAACUUAUGCACUUUCGUCUCUACGGAAAGAACUACACUGUGUUCACCACCAGUUAUUUGUGCUAUGGGAAAGAUCAAGCCCUCCUUCGGAAACUGGCCAAGGAUGCUCAGGAACUUACCAUCCAGGGAACUGGAGACUUUCUUCAAUGUCGGGAUAGCAUCCUUGAUCUCUUCUCCGUUAACUACUGCACUGACAGUGAUUGUACCUUUGAUGGGGUUAUCAGACCACCAUUCAGCGUGAAAUUUGAGGCAUUUUCAGCUUAUUACUACUCAAUGAAUUUUUUAAACUUGACAUCAGAUAAAGUUUCCAGUUGGGAUAUGACCACUGAGAAGAUGAAAGAAUACUGCGCUAUGCCUUGGGACAAGGUAAGCAACGCGUUUGCUCGAGUGAAGGAGUCGUACAGGAGUGAAUACUGCUUUGCUGGCACCUACAUUUUACUUCUCUUGAAAAAGUAUAAUUUCACGGAAUACUGGAAUCAGAUUGAUUUCAUAGAUAAGAUCGAUGACAAUGCUGAAGCUGGCUGGACGUUGGGCUACAUGCUAAAUCUGACCAACAUGAUCCCAGCCGAGCUGCCAAAGCCCAAACCUUUCACCCGCCCCACCUACAUCACCCUGAUGGUCUGCUUCUCCCUGGUGCUGGCCAUAGUGUUCAUCCUAGGCACCAUCAUCUUUCACAAGUCUUUGAAUUUCUGGCAAUAA